CUGCAGCCCUUAUUCGAUUUACAACAAAACGCCCCCCUCUCUUGUCUUUUUUCGGUCGUCCGCUUCGGCUGCCAGGCCCACCACUCUCCCUCUUCCGAAGAUCCACGCCUCGACGUACACUCACUGCGCCCAAGAAACAAACAAAACACAAAGCGACGAGCAGCGCAUUGCUGCCACUGAGUGAGACUCGAGUCUUCCUGGGGGCGAUCGCCGUUUUUCAAAACCUGCUGCUGCGAUGCCAUCCGCCACCGCAUCUGGGGUAGACAAUGGGGGUGCUGCGAAAUCUCGCGAACACAACCAGGGCAACCAGGACCGCAAGUACACCCCGGAGCAGAAGGCGGCCGUCCUGAGGAUUCGGAAAUGCUCAACCACGGCGUUCUACGAGAUCCUGGCGGUGGAAAAGACCGCCACCGAUGGCGAGAUUAAGAAGGCGUAUCGCAAAUUGAGUCUAUUGACGCAUCCCGAUAAGAAUGGCUAUGAAGGAGCGGAUGAGGCUUUCAAAUUGGUAUCUCGGGCUUUCCAAGUCCUGUCCGAUGCGGAAAAGAAAGCCAAGUACGAUAAAUUCGGAGGGGAUCCGGAUAGCAGGUUUACUCCCAGCGCGGGACCUUCGGGUGCUUCGCCCUUCAGUGGAUUCGGCGGUGGAUUCCCACGGUCAGGCGGCGGCGGUGGUCCGAUGUUCGAGGAGGAGAUCUCGCCCGAGGAACUCUUCCAGCGGUUCUUCAGCGGUGGCUUUGGCCCUAUGGGAGGGGGUUUCGGCGGUCCCCAAUUUGUCUUCAACAUGGGGGGUGGUCCCGGGUUCCGGGUACAUCAGUUUGGAGGCCAGCGGCCUCGGAGAAGACCCCGCGAGGCCAAUGGCCAGUCUGAGCCGGCGCCAUCACUCUGGUCGACCUUCCAGCAGCUUCUCCCUCUCAUUCUCCUCUUCGUCCUUCCCUGGAUCUCUUCUCGGUUCUCUGGCACCCCUACUCCGUCCGGUCCCUCGUACAGGUUCGACGCCGCGGUGUCUCCCCACACGCUGCAUCGCACGACGCCUAAGCUGAAUAUCGAUUACUUCGUCAACCCGCGAGAUGUGGAUGACUAUAGCGCCCGCAAAUUCCGCCAGCUGGACCAACGGGUGGAAGUGGACUACGUGACGAAACUGCGGUAUGAAUGUGAUAGCGAGAUCCACACGCGGGAUCGCAUGAUCCAGGACGCUCAAGGGUGGUUUUUCCCGGACGUAGAGAAGAUCAAAGAGGCCCGGUCGAUGGAGCUGAAGAGCUGCAAGCGACUUGAUUCGCUGAAGGGAAGAUACUGAUCUGUGGCUCUCAUGGCUGCUACACUUGUUCCUAUUCGUUCUUGGGCGCGGUUGGCUUCGCAUCCGUUGUUUACUAAUAUCCCAUGCAAUUGUCCCAUGCUAUUGGGCUCUACCACGAUCAAGCCUUUUUUUUCUUUUCGAGCUUAGAUGUCUAUAUGUUCUCACGGUUUGUUGAUGGCGUUCUAUGGGCAAACAAUGACUUCUUUUGUUGCGUUGGGUUCGGAAUCAGUGUUUUGACUAUUAUUGUCGUGAGUGAUUGUUAUAAGAGUGGAUUCUCUCAUCACCUGACUUAUCAACCAUAAGAUGUACGCUAAGAUGCACACUUCAACACUGACCAGUAUUGAAUUAUUGUGCAAUGGAUGGGUUCAUGAUGGAGG